UUCGAUUCGAUGAUUAAUAAUAACGUCAAUUUGGGAGUUGGUAGUUGGUUUGGUUUCUAUCUGUAGCAUAUAAAAUUUUGUUGUCUUUGUAAUAAAACAAUUUCCAGAAAACUCUUCAUUCUCAAAUAGCGUUUCGUUUUAAAUCAUGGAGGUUAAAGAAUGUAACGAUUUAGCUGAAGAAAAUCAAUUCAUUGUGGACGAUGUGAGUAAAAUUAUUAAAGAGGCUAUUGAGAAUUCAAUCGGAGGGACUGCUUAUCAGCAUAAUAAAGUUAAUCAAUGGACAUCAGCUGUUGUGGAAUCUUGCUUGGGACAGUUGACCAAGCUACAAAAGCCUUAUAAGUAUAUAGUGACAUGCACUAUCAUGCAGAAGAAUGGUGCUGGUUUACACACAGCUUCAUCUUGUUUCUGGGACAAUAAUACUGACGGCUCUUGCACUGUGCGCUGGGAAAACAAGACUAUGUACUGCAUUGUCUCCGUGUUUGGCCUGGGAAUUUAACUCUUGAAUCAAAUGCUUACAUUCUACUUAAAUGUUAAUUUUAUAUUCCGCAUAGUAUAGUAAUAACCAGCCUUAGUAUUGCUUAGAGCUAAUAAAAAAAAUGUAAUAUUGAGUAAAUUGGUAGUAAGAUAAAGAAUUAUUUUGUUAGCCAAACAUUAUCUUUAAGUUAUUGUAAAUUUACUUUGAUGAAUUUGCAUUAAUAAAUAUGGCAACCUUUAUGACAUGUAUGAUGAGUAGGUGAAAAAAAAAAUUAAUUUGCAUAAAGUAAUAAAUCUCUAAAAACAGCACAAUCAUCUAUUAAUUUAUCUCAGUUGUAACAGACUUGUUUUAUAGUCAUUACUUAAUUUAAGUAUGUAGGAUAUAUUUUCAUACACAAUAAAAAGUAUCUAAAAUGAAAA